AUGGCCUUUUCGAAGCUCACACGUGUCUACAUCUCCACUCGAUUCAGCUCCAAGUAUCGAGAGCUGAUUGCUCUCGAGAAGAGGCGGGAAAAGGAGGAGGAUGUGUACAUUCGCGAGUGGGCCGAGAACGUUGAUGCCUUCAAUACGCUGUGCCUGACUGUCACACACCCCGACGAGUACAUCAUGGGCCUGUCCGGCGAUGUCAGUCCGCAAGAGCACGCUUUGAUUAUGGGAAUGAUGCGUGACAGCUCCUCGCCUCCCAUCCUCUGCGAGUACACCUCCUGCGGGGACUGCAGGGCCAUGGUCAGGAGGAGCUGCUUGAGCAAACAGCUCCGCGGCCUUUUCCGGUUGCUGCUCCACUGCACUCUGGCCUACCAGAGGCUCAUGGCGGCGUCGUACUUAAUAUUGGCGGCCAGGCUCGAAGCCAAAGCCGCCGAGGACGCGCUCACCAAUUCGGUCAGCGUACUAGGUUUCGGAAGGGGACGAGCCAACAAACAUAUGCAGGACAUUCUGGGUUUGCUGGGCCGUCCCAGCCACAAGACUUCACAAGCCCAAAUCUCGAGGGACCUCGAGAAGACGGCGGCGCUGCUGAGGGAUGUCGAAGUCGCCAUAGGUCCUCUCAUGCAGAGGAUCAUGACUCAGGCAGAACACUCUCACGUCAUCGUGACUUCUAGCGCCCAGGAUGCCGAGCCGACGAUGGGCUCGGAGAGGGUAUCUUCAAAGACACCCCUUGGCCUCAAGAGACUGUCUGGUUUGAGAAAGCCGCACCUUGAGAAGGCUACAGCUAUGGCGAGCAAGUGA